GUAUGGUCACAACCAGCCAUAUGUUACCUAGAGCACACAGUCCGUCCAGUUAGACAUUUAUUACAUUUCUGGUUUACAAGAAUAAUUAACCAUGGAUGUGCCCCGAUGUGACCUUUGUGAGACCGUCAUAGUACACAGCUACUGUGACUUUUGUCAAGUCAACCUUUGCAAGCCCUGUAUAGGUGAACACAUCACAGAUGGAUAUGACAAACAUAAAAUAGUUCCUUUCCAGGAUCGACGAUCAACCCUCAUUUAUCCAAAAUGUGAAACGCAUUCACACAAAAAUUGCAAAUUUCAGUGCAAGGAUUGUAACAGUAUUUUUGUUUGUUCUUCCUGCAUGGCAUCUGAACAACACAAGGGGCAUAACUUUGUAGACGUUACAGAAGUUUACAAGACAAAGAAAGAAGAUGUUAAAAAGGAUACGGAAAAGAUAGAAAAACUUAUUUCCCCUUCAUACGAGGAAAUUGCACGUGACUUGGAAGAUCAGCUUGCCAACCUUGAUGAGGGAUAUGAGAAGCUUACAACAACAAUGUCCAGACAAGGAGAGCAAUGGCAUAGAGAAAUCGACAUCAUCAUCAACAAAAUGCAAACUGAAAUCAGCGAGAUAAAAGUGAAACACAAAGACAUUUUACAGAAACACUUGAAUGAAAUUAAACAGAUACAGUCUCUCAUCAAACAUACAUUUCUGGCCUUGAGGAAACUUGAGAAAUCCACUGAAGUUUCCCAAACCAUUGAAUACAGCUCUAAGAUCAGAGAGUUCAGCAAACUUCCACCAAAAGUUAUGAUUACACUGCCAACAUUCAUUCCAAAACCAAUAGACCGUGAAAAGUUGUAUAGUUUGUUUGGACACAUCACUCCAUUAUCUACUGCUACAGAAGAAAAUGUCUCGUCACUAAACCAACCCAACGCUUCAGUCAGAGCACUACUGGAUGAACCGGAGCUUGUUGCCACAAUACAGACUGGAAAUAAAUAUCUACGUAAUGUUACCUGUCUAAAUGAUGACAGAAUAUGGACGAGUGGACAGACCAGUGAUAUCAAAUCCUUCAACACUAAAGGUUCACUCCUCCAGACAAUCCAUACGGAAUUAGAGAAAAUCCCUGAUGAUAUAGCUGUAGACAAUGAUGGAUAUCUUCUGUACACUAGCGGAGCAACAAAAACAGUAAAUAAGGUAAAGAAUGGACAGAGUGAAGUGUUGAUCAGAUUACAGGAAUGGACACUUAGGCAGCUGUGUGUCACCUCUACUGGUGAUCUCCUGGUUACCAUGUACAGUGAUGAUAGAACUCAAUCCAAAGUUGUCCGUUACUCGGGAUCUACAGAGAAACAAACAAUUCAAUUUGAUGAUAAAGGAAAACCUCUGUACUCAGGGAAUGAUUAUGUUAAAUACAUCACAGAGAACAGAAACCAUGACAUCUGUGUAGCUGACCAUGGGGCUGGUGCAGUAGUGGUGGUUAAUCAGGACGGCGAACUCAGAUGGAGAUACACCGGUCAUCCCUCAACCACCAAGAUCAAACCAUUUAGACUCCGUGGUAUCACGUCAGAUAGCCAGAGUCGCAUCCUGACAGCAGAUCGUAACAACCUUUGUAUCCACAUUCUGGAUCAGAAUGGACAGUUUCUCCAUUACAUUGAUAGCUGUGAUCUGGAGAAUCCUUUUGGUUUAUGUGUGGACAAUGAUGACAAUCUGUUUGUGUGUGAAUAUCACAAAGGUAAUGUAAAGAAAAUCAAAUAUUUGAAAUAGACACAAUAAAUUGUAAAAUUGUGAUGUAAAUCAAACCAUUUACAAGUAUAUGUAUUUAAAAAAAACAAUUUAGAUCAUACUUUAUCAAAUAUAGUUUGCUGUUUUUUUUUUAUUUGUUGUUUUUUGUGUGUGUGUUUUUGUUGUUGUUGUUUUUAAGGGUUAGACAUAAUCUCGUUGAUCAUUAUGUUAAGGCUCUGUUCUGUAAACUCAUUCUUUAUGGCUUACUAAACUAACUGUCAAUUUUCAUAUAUGUAAGAUAAGAUAAAAAAUCUGUUUUGAUACAUAUUUAAUCAGUUUAGUAUUUUUCUAUUGUUUUUAAUUUCCAGAAUGCGUUAAGUAUUAAGAUAAAAUAGAUGGUUUUGAAUACCAGAAAUUUGUAGUAUUGCAAUAUGCACAAAUUCGAUGACAGCAUCUGCAGUGAUAUUAGUUUAAUUAUAAAUAGUUACAUUUGCAAGUAUGUCUCAUUAUAUGAACCUAUUGAAAAUUCUAUAUUUAGAUUGUACGUGCAUUAACUGUAUUUUGGUCGUAGUAUCUAUCUUCCCUCAACUUAAUCACUGUUAAUUAUUCUGUUUGAGUAUUGCAAUAUGCACAAAUUCAAUGACAGCAUCUGCAGUGAUAUUAAGGUAUUGUUCUCAUGCAGGUGCAGAUAGAUUCGCAAUGGGCAUUAGUACUAUCAUGCAUCUGCAAUCGAAUUAAAAUAAGACCUCUGGGAUGCCUACUUGCAAAGUGUGCCUUAGAAGUUUAAUUAUAAAUAGUUACAUUUGCAAGUAUGUUUCUUUAUAUGAACCUAUAGAAAAUUUUAUAUUUAGAUUGUACAUGUAUUACCAUUAGUUUGUUCUCAGUAUCUAUCUUUCCUCAAUUUAAUUAUUCCGUUUGUUGAAACACAAGUCAGUAUAUUCAAAAUGGAGAUAAAAAUUCUGAAAUCCACUAAAUAAAUGUUUUACAAUGUAUUUAUAUAAAUGCUAUACGAAUGCAUAGAAAUUUAGAUUUUGUGUCUUUUUUGAUAACUUUAGAAAACAAGUGCAAAAAUGAUGGUAAUUUUAAAUUAUUUGAAGGGAAGCAGAGACCAUAAAAAAUACAAUAAUAUCGUCACUUAGUGCUACUCCCACAUAUGCCUUAUAUAACAUUUAUAUAAACCCCGCCCCACCCUUUCCCCAUCGAUUCCAAAUAUACAAACACAUGGGAGUGAUUGAAGUCGGUAAUUAUUGACAGUCAAGCUAACUAAAGACGUCCUAGAAAAAACUUAAUGUCUUUUACCUGAAUUUUCCAUCAUUUAGGUAUUCAUAUAUGCAUGUAUAUAGGUUAUACUUGUAUCGACGCCGUACGUAUAAUUUCUUUAAUUUUUUUUUUGAGAACCAGGUAAUCAUCGGAAAUGUGUUUGAAACAUUAUACUAUACACUGUACUAGGUUUAAGAAAAAAUCAAAAUGUAUGUAAUAUUCAGACGUGUAUGCUGUGUCAUAAUUGAAAUUAAAUGUAUUUGGUAAUUAAAUCAUGUCAA